GUACAUACAUUCCAAUGGUACUUUGAUUGUGGAAAGACAUCAACCUGUCUGUCGUUUCGAACUCGGCUGACAAUCUGACGGGAAGGGGAAAAAAGGAAUUCAUCAAUUGGCCCAAGGAUUUAAUUUGCACCGCGAAAAACUUGGGGUUGGGAGGUGACCUGGGAGCUACACACGACAUACUUCACUGGUUGGUUCAUAAGUGAGACGAGUACCCAAGGCGAGGAAAAAAAAAAAUACAAGAAAUUCAUUUUCUUUUAUAUAUAUAUAACACAAAAAAACAACAACAACAACCAGCCUACUCCAGGCAGCAUCCACAAGAAGAAAACCAUGGCCGGCCCAGUAAGGCACGCCAUCGACGUCAAAGCGCUCGAGGCGUACCUCGGUGCCAACGUGCCCGAGAUCCAGACUCCGCUCGAGGUGAAGCAGUUCGGCUACGGGCAGUCGAACCCGACGUACCAGCUGACGGACCGGACCGGACGCCGGUACGUGAUGCGCAAGAAGCCACCGGGGAAGCUGGUGUCGCGGACGGCGCACCAGGUGGAGCGCGAGCACCGCAUCAUCGCCGCGCUGCACGGCCGCCUGCCCGUGCCCAAGCCCUACUGCCUGUGCGAGGACGCCGCCGUCGUCGGCACGCCCUUUUACGUCAUGGAGUUUCUCGACGGCCGCAUCUUUGAGGACCCGGCCCUCCCCGGCGUCUCGGCCGCCGACAGGCGCGCCAUGUGGGCCGAUGCCGUCCGCACCCUCGCCGCCCUGCACGCCGUCGAGUUUGUCGAGGUCGGCCUGGGGGAUUUCGGCAAGCACGGUGGCUUCUUCGCCAGACAGCUGCGCACCUGGACCAACAUCUGCGCGGCGCAGGCCGCCGUCGAGGACGUCGACACGGGCGUGGCGGUCGGCCACCUGCCGCACUACGAGGACCUGGUGGGUUUCUUUAGCGAUGAGAAGCUGCGGCCGAGGGAUCGCGUGACGUUGGUGCACGGAGACUACAAGAUUGACAAUUUGAUCUUUCACAAGACGGAGCCGAGGGUAAUUGGUGUGCUCGAUUGGGAAAUGUCAACAGUAGGCCACCCACUCUCCGACCUCGCCAACCUCCUCUACCCAUACCAAUCGGCCCAAGGACCAGCAGAAGGGGGAAGUGCCAAGGCGUUGUCAUCGCACGCGGGCUUCCGACCCGGAGCGACGCCGGGCCUCCCGACACGCGAAGAGGCCGCCGAGCUCUACCGCCAGGCGUUCCGGGACUGGUGGCCCACGCCGGCCAGCAUGGAGCCCGAGCUCCGGUGGGCGCAGGCCUUCAACAUGUUCCGCGGCGCCGCCGUCGCCCAGGGCAUCGCCGCCCGCGUCGCCGUCAGGCAGGCCAGCAGCGAGCAGGCCGCCACCUAUGCCGAAGCCAGGGGCGCAAUGGCCGACCUCGCUUGGGACAUGGUUGCGCGUUCCAAGGGGGCCAGGGCCAAGAUUUGA